AAGUCGACCUCUGGUAUCCGUGGAUACGAGAGCUGGCCACGUGAUCCAGCGCGAGACACUUGGCGAAGUUUUGUCAAUGGACGUUUAGUGGAAAUAAGGAAAGUGGUCACAAGUUUGGAGUUACAUAUAGAGGAAUUACAUACACUGUCAGGUAUGCAAGGAUAGAACCGUGACCACCAUGACGUCCACGACCCAUUUGCCGCGUAUCACACCGGCGUCCACGCCGCUGCCCACGGGGGUCACCCAGCCACCACCGCGUUCUCAGUCCGCCACUGCUAUCUAUGUCCCAUACCCGCCCAAAGAGCUGACAAGCGCCAUAGACUUCAUCCGGAUCCCAAAGCGUGUGAACCCACUUGCGCCACCACCGCCCCGCCGCCGCAUCAACUGGACCUGGGAGACGACAGACCAGCACUAUGAGAACGAGAAGCGCAGCCUUCUCAUGCAGAAGAGAGAACACACACGCUACCACUCGGCCUGGGGCAAGGCGUUCUACGGCGCACCCGCCGAGAAAGAGGCGUAUAGACGGCAUUUCCGGGAAGUGUUAAAGCAACAGAUGUCGGACAAAAGUGCAAUGGAAAAGGUUGAGUUCCAACAAAAGACUGUAGAGACCCAACAAGCCAUCGAGUAUGACCGACAUUGCCGGCAGAGCGACGCCACCGAAUAUCACAACAAACACUCGUACCUUAUGCAGUAUAGGGACACAAACAAACAGCAAAUGGAAGACAGGUGGGCCACAAACCGAUACAACAGGGAACUAGAAAACAGAAUAGACAGGGAAAGACUUAGAUAUAACCCUAUAAACUGGAGCUGUUCUCUAAAGUAGCCAUCUUCUAGUUAUAUAUACAACAUUAAACAUGUGAUCUUCUAGAUUGAAGAAAAUACCAGAGUCUUUGCUCAUAUUCAAUAUUUAAAUAUCAGGAACAAAUGCAGAAAAAAUACAACAUAGUGGAUGUUUAACUUGAAUGAACAUUUGAAUUUAGAAAAGAAAAUCAGAUGCAUAGGGGAGAUAACCCAAUUUUAAAGCUUACUAUGCUCAUGUAUUAGUCAAGUUAUAUUUAUUUAAGCUUUGUUCAGCAUACAUUGCUACAGUAUUAUGUGUGAUAGUAGUACAUUUAGAUGUUCCUUUGAUUGCACUGAGUGAGUUCCACUUGCAUGAAUGUAUACUUGUGAGGUAUUCUCAUUUACUCUCAUUGAUAGUUUUGCAAAUAACUGAACUGCCAUGUUGUGUUUUAUCUUUGCCCAUGAUUAAAUUAUUGCCGUCACAUCUCAUACUUCCGUAGGGUAGGCACUCUUCAAUGCUUUGUAGAAGUUUAUUUUAUCAUUAAUCAUGUUUUAUUAUUUAAGAUGUCUGGGUAUUUUUUUCUUAGCAGGUGAUAUAUUCUCUUUCGUCUAUUGUCACAGCUAAAAAAAUGCAGUCUCAUUUACAGUAACCUUUGUGGUUCAUAUGAUUAAAGAUUUAUAUCAGUAUUUAUGUUAUGUGAUAAUGCCUCUUUUUUAUUAUUCUUGCUGAAUAAAAACAAUUGCCAAACCAAAUCAAAUAAAAACAUCCAACAUGUGUAUUCUCGUGAUGAAUAAGAUCCCCAGAAAGGAACAAAGCUACUUGUACCUUAAAUUUAAGUCUUAUUUGCAAUGUUCUCAAUACAGCAUCAUGUAUGCAUUAGCAGUGACAUUUUCCAAAUAUUAAAACUCUUUAUACUCCAAAAUUAUUCAUUAAAAUGUGAGGAUGUAGAACUAUGGUCAAGUCUCUAUACAAAUCCAAUGUACAGAAUAGUUAUUGUUAUUCAUAUCUGUGUUAUGUAUACUCUAUCUGUGAUCUGUUUUUGCUACUGUUAGUGUGUGAAUAUUAUGAAUUUCAAUACAUUAUUUGAUUGUUAAAUAAAAUACAAUUUAAAAACUGUUUUAAAAUGUUUUCCCUGAUUAAAGUUUACGUGUA